GACGCACUGUCCGUGGCCACAGCAUGGCGGCUCCACUGCUCCUGGUCCUGCUCAGCACCUCGCUGGCCUGCCUCGUGCCACUGGGGGAUGGUGUGUUCCUGCGCCCGGAGCACGCCAGCAGCGUCCUGCAGAGGGUCCGCAGGGCAAACUCGUUUUGGGAAGAGGUGAAGCAAGGGAACCUGGAGAGAGAGUGUGUGGAGGAGACGUGCGUGUGGGAGGAGGCCCACGAAAUCUUCGAGGACGACGCCAAGACGACUGAAUUCUGGAAUAAAUACAAAGACGGAGACCAGUGCGAAAACAGCCCUUGCCAGAACCAGGGCAAGUGCACAGAUGGCAUCGGGGGGUACACGUGCACCUGCCUGGAAGGGUACGAGGGCAAGAACUGUGAAUUGUCCACGCGGAAAGCCUGCAGCCUGGACAACGGUGAGUGUGACCAGUUCUGCAGCGAGGAGCAGGGCUCCGUGGUGUGCGGCUGCGCCAGCGGGUACGUCCUGGGGGAUGACGGCAGGUCCUGCAUCUCCACAGGGCCUUUCCCCUGCGGGAAACACACUCCGAAGCGCAGGAAAAGGUUAGCCGAGAUGGGCCCCAGCGGUGAGGGUCCCGCGGACGCGGACGUGCAGGAGCAGGACGACCUGCCUCCCACCGAGAGCACUCUGGAACUGCUGGCCUCCAACAGGACGGAGGCCAGCCCUGCAGAGGACGCAGGAGACCUGGUCCGGAUCGUGGGCGGGCGAAACUGCGAAGACGGCGAGUGUCCCUGGCAGGCCCUGCUCAUCAACGAGGAGAAUGAGGGGUUCUGCGGAGGCACCAUCCUGAGCGAGUACUACGUCCUCACCGCGGCGCACUGUCUGCACCAGGCCAAGAGAUUCAAGGUGAGGGUAGGUGAACGGGACAUGGACAAGGAGGAGGGCGACGAGGUGGCGCACGAGGUGCACAUGAUCAUCAAGCACAACAAGUUCGUCAGGGAGACCUACGACUUCGACAUCGCCGUCAUCAGGCUGAAGACGCCCAUCACCUUCCGCGCCAACGUGGCCCCCGCCUGCCUGCCCCAGAAGGACUGGGCCGAGUCCACGCUCAUGGCGCAGAAGACGGGCAUCGUGAGCGGCUUCGGGAGGACCCACGAGAACGGCCGUCCGUCCACCACCCUCAAGAUACUGGAGGUGCCCUACGUGGACAGGAACACGUGCAAGCUGUCCAGCAGCUUCACCGUCACCCAGAACAUGUUCUGCGCCGGCUACGACACCAGUCCCGAGGACGCCUGUCAGGGGGACAGCGGGGGCCCCCACGUCACCCGGUUCAGGGACACCUACUUCGUCACCGGCAUCGUCAGCUGGGGAGAAGGGUGUGCACGGAAAGGGAAGUACGGAGUCUACACCAAGGUCGCCAACUUCCUCAAGUGGAUCGACAGGUCCAUGAAGGCCAGGGUCGAGGCCCAAGGCUGAGCGGGGGGCCCUGCGCCCCACCCCCAUUAAAGUCAUGCCAGCUGC